AUGGCACCUGAGUUACUUAUGGCGAUUGAUAUAACACACACAUCAUCUAACUGCGGCAACAAUACGUCAUGUAUAACUAAUGAAAGUAUUGAUAGUCCAAACAGAAGUCACUAUUUGCCAUUUGAAGUUUACCAAGCUGCAGAUAUUUAUGCGAUGGCCCUGGUGUUUUGGGAAUUAGCACGAUGUACUCAGGGAAUAUCAUCUGAUUUUGUUGAAGGAUAUCAGAUACCAUUCUGCGACAUGGUCCCUCCUGAUCCAACCUUCUCACAGAUGAGGGAUAUUGUUUGUGGCAAUAGUUUGACCAUAAUUGAUGAUCAACCAAACCAACUGAACAGGAAUAGCUCAAGUAUAAACACUAAAUCCCCCAAGACAAGUCCAGAUUACGACAAUGUUCAUUGUAGGCCUCGCAUCUACCAGCGUUGGUUAGAUGACACCUAUCUAUCCUGCUAUGCACAGGUGAUACAAGAAUGUUGGCAUGAUGAUUGGUCUGUACGCCUUUCUGCUCUUCGUGUUCGUAAACGUCUGGGACAGAUCGAAGAUGCAGUUAGGCAAUCAUUGGUCAGAAAAAGAGGAGAGAACAUUCCUUCUAAUGUAAAUGAGUUAUCAGUACUCCUGACCGAGGACCCAGAAACUUUGGCUUGA